AUGUUUAAGAAUCAACUUAAAAGGGAACAUAUUUUUUUAUAUGAUUAUAAUUCUUUUCAAAAUAUUGAAUUUAUUGAUGAUGGAGCAUUUGGAACAAUUUCUCGUGCAUUUUCAAAGCAUCAUCAAGAACUUGUAGCAUUAAAGUCCAUUAAUAUUGAUCAAAAAUAUACUUUUGAACAAUUUCUUAAUGAGGCAAAGCAACAUCUUAAAGUAGAAUUUCACAGUAAUAUAUUGAGAUUUUAUGGCAUAACAAAAGAAAAGUAUGCAAAUAAUGGUAAUUUAUGUGAUUAUUUAAAAACCAAUUUCAAUAUAAUGGAUUGGAACACUAAAUUGAAAUUUGCAAAACAAAUUGUAAAUGCUCAUCCUGAAAAUAUUCUAAUUCAUAAUGGAGAUAUUAAAAUUUGUGAUUUUGGAAUCUCAAAAUCUUUAUUGGGUCCUUCAAUAGAAGCUUCCAAAAAAUUUGGUACAAUAAGAUACUCAGAUCCACAAUAUUUAAACGAUAUUGAAAAUUAUAUGCUUAUCAUGACAUCAGAUGAACGUGAAGCAAUAAUCAAGGGGACUCCAAGAAAAUAUGCAGAAAUAUAUACAGAUCUCCGUCCUUGUAUUGAUCAAGUUGUGCAGGAUUUGGACAAUGUAGACAUAACUAACACUAUUGAAGAUAUUGUUAAUUUAACAAAUCAAACUAAUAAUGAAUUACAAAAUGAUGAUUUAUUAUAUUCAACAGAACUUUCCAUCUCCAUUAUCAGCAUGAACUGA